AUGGCCUCUGAUGUUAAAUAUAGAAUUGAAAUACAGUUGGAGAACACGGCUGUUCACAGACCAGGGAAAUCGGAAAUUGAGGAUUACAUUCAGUACAUGAACCAGUUCUCCCGAAAUGGCAUCAAGGACGAAAACCGCACAGAAUCCGCACGUGAUUUCAACCGUAAUGCCGGGCCACUUCACUCUCAGGUCGACGCCACGAUGGCCCGCAGCUUAGAGUCCAAGCAGGAGGAGGAUGACGGAGGACCUACGCGCCCUCGGGAGGAAGAGACACUCGAGGGUGGGCCUCGGGAACAGCAGGAGGCCAUUCUCGACGGGGAGACUAGCCAGGCGAAUAUUUGUAUCGUAGAGACACAAGUAGAAUCAAAAUCCCUCAAAAUCUCUACCUCCCUUUCGUCCACACAGCCGACGACUUCGCCUCAAGAAUCUACGACAAGUGAGGGACUUCAACCACACACUACAUUCACUACAGACCCCACAACCAGCACCGAUUCUCCUCUGGAUGAAACAACCAUUCCAUCGGCGGCGACAGAUGAUGAGGAAAGCGUCAACGAGGGAAGCGUUAAUGAGGAAAGCGUCGACGAGGAAAGCGUCAACGAGGGAAGCGUCACCGAGGAAAGCGUCAACGAGGAAAGCGUCAACGAGGAAAGCGUCAACGAGGAAAGCGUCAACGAGGAAAGCGUCAACGAGGGAAGCGUCAACGAGGAAAGCGUCAAUGAGGAAAGCGUCAACGAGGAAAGCGUCAAUGAGGAAAGCGUCAACGAGGAAAGCGUCAACGAGGAAAGCGUCAACGAGGAAAGCGUCGACGAGGAAAGCGUCAACGAGGAAAGCGUCACCGAGGAAAGCGUCAACGAGGGAAGCGUCAAUGAGGAAAGCGUCAACGAGGGAAGCGUCAAUGAGGAAAGCGUCAAUGAGGAAAGCGUCAAUGAGGAAAGCGUCAAUGAGGAAAGCGUCAACGAGGAAAGCGUCAACGAGGAAAGCGUCAACGAGGAAAGCGUCACCGAGGAAAGCGUCAACGAGGGAAGCGUCAACGAGGAAAGCGUCAACGAGGAAAGCGUCAACGAGGAAAGCGUCAACGAGGAAAGCGUCAAUGAGGAAAGCGUCAACGAGGGAAGCGUCAACGAGGAAAGCGUCAAUGAGGGAAGCGUCAACGAGGAAAGCGUCAACGAGGAAAGCGUCAACGAGGAAAGCGUCAACGAGGGAAGCGUCAACGAGGAAAGCGUCAAUGAGGAAAGCGUCAACGAGGAAAGCGUCAACGAGGAAAGCGUCAAUGAGGAAAGCGUCAACGAGGGAAAGCCGUCAACGAGGGAAAGCGUCAACGAGGAAAGCGUCAACGAGGGAAGCGUCAACGAGGAAAGCGUCAACGAGGAAAGCGUCAACGAGGGAAGCGUCAACGAGGAAAGCGUCAACGAGGGAAGCGUCAACGAGGAAAGCGUCAACGAGGGAAGCGUCAACGAGGAAAGCGUCAACGAGGAAAGCGUCAACGAGGAAAGCGUCAACGAGGGAAGCGUCAACGAGGAAAGCGUCAACGAGGAAAGCGUCAACGAGGGAAGCGUCAACGAGGAAAGCGUCAACGAGGAAAGCGUCAACGAGGAAAGCGUCAACGAGGAAAGCGUCAACGAGGAAAGCGUCAACGAGGAAAGCGUCAACGAGGAAAGCGUCAAUGAGGGAAGCGUCAACGAGGAAAGCGUCAAUGAGGGAAGCGUCAACGAGGAAAGCGUCAACGAGGAAAGCGUCAACGAGGAAAGCGUCAAUGAGGGAAGCGUUAAUGAGGAAAGCGUCAACGAGGGAAGCGUCAAUGAGGGAAGCGUCAACGAGGGAAGCGUCAACGAGGGAAGCGUCAAUGAGGACUCCGUAUUUACUGAUCCGACCAUUGAUGAAGAAUCAGACAGUACCACAAUCUCAUCUGAGCCAUCAACUACCGAAGACAUUACUCAAGUAACUACAGAUACCAGUCAGGUUACCUUCGAUUACCAGAAUGAAGAAAUAGAAGAACAGCCAGAGGAAACUACAACUCCGGUUAUUGCUGAUUUCUUCGAAUCACAAUCUCCUGAAGGAUUACCCUCAGGAACUACAGACCUCAACGAUAUCAAAACAUCCCGGCCGGAGGAGACUACUCUUCCCACCACAUCCGAAGAGUCAGUUAACAUUUCUACCACGACUUCACUUGAGGACCUCACGCCUGAGAACCCACGAACGAACCUCAACAAACCCCCCCGUUGGCUGGAGACCUCGAGAAUCCCGUGA